AUGGCACCGAUUCACUCCAUUAUUGAACGAGCUACAAAUGCCACACCUGAUCCCGCAACUCAAAUGCAGGCAAUUAUUAUUCGUCGUAUAGUUGAGGAUAUUUUCGGAGGAUCAUGGGGUGUACUCAUCAUACGCAAUCCUUCCCUAGUGUCUAAUGAUGUGCACUGGACUAUCCCAGACCACAACAACAGCGACGGAUCACCAGCGUUUUGUCUUGUGGUAGUAAAAGGGUGGCAAUACAAUGUUUUCAAGACCGGUAACAAUGAUGAUCAAAAUCGAGUGACUGUGGAAAGCAUUGUCAAAAGGUACCUAGUUUGA